AUGCCCUUCGGCCUCCCCUCCCCCCCCUCCUUCCACCACGCCCUAAAAACCAUCCUCCUCCACUCCAAGUCCACCACCACCGCCACCGCCGCUCCCACCCCACUCUCCGCCUUCAUCCCCCCGCUGGUCCCCACCUUCUACGCCAACCCCCUCCUCUUCAACGGCCACCUGCAGACCUGCUACACCGCCAUCAAGGGCACCGACCCCUACGCCGUCCACUAUGCCCGCCGCCACCUCAUAAACCCCAACGACGGCGGCCACUUCGCCGUCGACUUUGCCGUCGACCCCUUCGACCCCCUCCCGCCCGCCGACGACCUCCCCGAGCGCACGCGCCACAUGCCGCCCGAAACACAGCUGGCCAGCGACGACGACACGCCCAUGCUCGUCGCCCUCCACGGCCUCAGCGGCGGCAGCCACGAGGUCUAUCUCCGCGCCGUGCUGGCGCCGCUGAUGACCGCCGGCGGCUGGGCGGCGUGCGUGGUCAAUGCGCGUGGGUGCGCGAAGAGCAAGAUCACGACGAAGCAGCUGUUCAAUGCGAGGUUCACGGAGGACCUUAGGGUCACGGUGGGGUAUCUGAAGAAGACGUUUCCCAAUAGGCCGUUGUAUGUCAUGGGCUUCUCGCUCGGCGCAAACAUCUUGACGAAUUAUCUGGCAGAGGAGGGGGACAAGUGUGUGUUCAAGGCCGCGAUUGUCUGCUCAAAUCCAUGGAACCUCGAGCUCUGCUGCAAGAACCUCCACCGCACCUAUCUCGGCCAGAUGUACUCCCGAGUCAUGGGCGAAAACCUCAAACGUCUCUUCGAGCAGCACGUCCACAACCUCGACCUCCCCGCCGCGCAGGUCGCCGCCGUGCGCGCCGGCGUCCUCAUGGACGACUUUGACCGCGCCCUCACCAGCAAGGUCUUCGGCUACGCGACGGUCGGCGCCUACUACCGCGACGCCUCGUCGGUCGACAACUUGCUCAAGGUGCGGGUGCCGACGUUCAUCAUCCACGCCCGGGACGAUCCGAUUGCGUGUGACGAGGCGGCGCCGUACGAGGAGGUGCAGGCGACGCCAUGGUGCGUCAUGGUCACGACGGGGGUCGGCGGGCAUCUUAGUUGGUUUGAGCUUGGUGGAGGGCGGUGGUUCGCCGGUGUGAUUGUGGACUUCUUGAAGAAGUUUGAGAAUGAGGUUGCGGGAGUGGCCGAAGCUGCGGAGCCGGAUCAUGAUGGCGAGGACUUUGAUUGGACUGUAUU